GCAUGUUUCAGCUCUUGUGUUCUUAUCUCUUCUAAUCGAUUCGCUGAUAAUUUAAUCGCUGUUGCCAAGAAACUCUUCUGUGCGUAUAGGUACGGAUCUGAAAAUCAUUGAAGCCUCACAGCGAACAAUUAAUUCUGUCCAAUCAUUUUAUGGAAAAAACGGACACUAUUCCGGCCAAACAAAAAGUUUUAUAAUGAAUCAAAAAUAUAUAAAGGUACCAAGGAUUUUGAACUCUUUUUUUGCAUUCAACAGCAUAGAACAUGGUGUACCUUAAAAAUAUAAUCUUUUUGUUUGGCGCACUGACCUUUGUAUGCGCACAAAAAGGGGUAGCAGAUAAACACAUCAAAUACAAUGUCAUUGGCCUUUUAAGCCCAUCACAAUCAAUGGCCGUUAUUGUGGACAAUGUCACUUAUGCUUUAGAGCUCAAUUCGCCUAGCACAAUCCUUUACACUGGUAGUGCACCUGUGGCUCGUCAAGGCUACAGAUACACCAAGAUUAAAAAAUUAGACAACAGCACUAUCAGCGAACCAUUCCUUCGAUCUCCUGUGGAAACAGACACAGUGAACGAAUUCUUCAAUAGAACAUGGAACAAGAAGCAGAUUGCGCCACUACCUACUGUAUACAAACCAUUGCCGUUUAUUCAUCGCAUCUCUUCUAAAUUGCAUCAAGAAGGAGAGAUCCCCACCAUACAUAUUAUUGCCAACGAAACAGAGGUCGUCCUGUUGCAUCGUAAUGCAUCUCAGGAUAUAGAGAUCAAAACAAGCGUGUCUUAUGUCUCUUUGAAUGACAGUCUAUCUUUCCAAAAUGUUGGAUUCUCAAUUGCAGGUGUCAGCUCUCGAAUGAUGCCCAAGUUCUCUUAUAAUUUGAAGUUGCACAAAAAGGACAGGAUCUAUGGUUAUAGACGUAUCAAGUUAAGAGCUAUGGCAAUGGAUCCAUCUUAUAUGCACGAGAAGCUUGGUUAUGGUAUGGUCAAGUCUUUGGGUCUUAUCUCAACCGAUUUUUCUUAUUGUCGUGUCUUUUUGAAUGACCAAGAAAUCGGACUGUUUGGCUUGAUCGAAACAUUUCAAGAUCCUUGGACUGCUAACGUAUUUGCUGAUGGUGACAAAGACUACAAGGGCGGCAAUCUUUAUCAAGGUGUGGGCUCUGGUACGAACAACACUGGAAGCUUAAACUACCUAAGCAACUUGACUGCAUAUGAGAAUGGGCAAUACAAGAUAAAGGCUGGCAACAAGAAGGACUAUGCUCCUCUUCAAGAAUUGACCAAGUUUAUUGCCGACGCUCCUGUCAAUGGCACUAAUGCAGUGGAUGCUUGGAAGUCCAAGCUGGAUAUGGAUUCCGUUAUUCGCUCCAUGGCUCUUGAAAUCCUUAAUGCUUACUUUGAUGGAUACAUAUAUAAUGCCAAUAACUAUUACAUUUACCCAGACCCAUCCUCCAAGAAAUACAUCUACAUCCCAUCAGACUUGGAUUUGACCUUUGGCACAUCUUUUGCUCCACAAGCGCCUCUUAUAUCUGGCAAUUACACAACUUUCACGCAUAUUUAUGACCGACCAUUGACAAACAAGAUGCUACAAGUUCCAGAGUUCAAGCAACAGUUUGAAGAUAUGUUGAUUAACGUCACCAAGAAGCUUAUGAACCCCACGGCAACCAAUGACCAUAUCAAUAGUCUUGCUGAUAUGCUUCAAGAAGAUGCUGCUUGGGAUGCUAUUGUUCCACGUAUGGUCCUCAAGUAUAAUGUGGAGAUGUCCAAGAUGUUUAAUGUGUCAAACGGAAGAAUUCCCCCAGAUUUCGAUAUGGCAUCUGCCUUGCGUCAAAUUUCUAAAUACGGAGGCAAUGGACUGUUUGGCAAUAAUAUGGCCGCCUCUGCUGUUUCUGAAAACUUUAACAGAACUCUGGAUUUUUCCACUAUUGUUACAAAAGGUCUUCCUUUCCGUGAAGCAAUCAAUGGACCUACUGGUAAUGGCGCUAGCAUGGGUGUCAAAGAAUUCAUCAACACUGUCAGUCAGAAUACCUUGAAGUUUUUCAAUAGAACAUUAAACUAAAUAAACCCUUUUUUUUAUCCCUUCCAUUAACUUUUUCG